AGACAAUUCGAGUCCAGUUCAGUCUACAACGAUGGGUGUCUCUCAAAGGUCUUCGUUUCUCUACCUUUUCGGUUUCUUCCUACUCUUCAAUGGCGUCUUCGCGAAGCCUAGUUUAAUCCAACCCAAGGAUGUGGCACAGGAUCAAGGUACUAGUGUCGUUUUUGCGAAUCCAAGCUUAAUCCAUUCCAAGGACUUGGUGCAGGACCGGACUAUCAGUAAUUUGAAUUACCCCAUAAAUUACCAAGUUGACUUUUAUCCAACUGCCGAAAAAAACUUUACUGGAUUCCGUAGCGUCUUCCAAUGGACAAUCGGAAAGACUUUCAACAAAUAUGGCAUUCACAACGCUAUGGAAUUCUCAGUCAAUGAUUCGUUAAACUCGCAAUUAUUUGGACAAAUUGGAAUUUACAGCAACGGCUCAAAAAUUGGAGUUCAGCUUUCAUUGAUUACACCAAAAGUAAAGUUCACAAUUAAUUCCAGCACUAAGGUGAUUUCGAAUGCGAUCUACUUUCUUGAUGUCGAAAUUAAUAAUAACACACUAAGUGGUUACAUCUCAGGACCUCAAAGUAGCCUUUCCCGUAUUAACGACCCAAAAUUGCCUCGAAACGAGAUAGGAACAAUAUAUGGGCUCAACAAGCUAUCAAAUUUGAAGCUGGUCAACUACUUUGUCGCCAAUUUAUAUGAAAAAUGCGAUUUGACAAACGAGAUUACGACUUAUAACUAUAUUCCACAGUUGUACAACAAAGAGAAGAGGCUAAACGCCGUAUAUUAUAGUAGUUCGAUAUACAACCUCAGGAUUUGUGGACCAAUUAAUACCCUGGCAAUGACAGAUUGGAAUGCUGUUGUCUACAUAUCCAGACCCACACUUGUACUUAAUGGAACAAGUUCAAUGAAUUAGUUCCACUAAAGUUCUUUGGAAAAUACUAGAUGCGCUUAUAUAAAAAUGUCAAAUCCAAUCAUUGUAUAAUUGUUAUGAGAAAUAAAAUGUUUAGAUAAGACAUGAA